CCCAAACGGUGAGCAGAGAGGAAGCCCUUGUCUCGACAUCUUUGUAUAUAAUUUUGCAGCAGCUUCCGUUUUUUUUCUCUUUUCUCCGCGCUCUCUCUCCGCUCUCCGUUCCCAAUCUCUCUUCUCUCUAUUUCGCCUCUCCCGACUCCCUUUUCUCUUGCUCGCCUUCCGUCGCUCGGAGGAAGUGGUCUUUUUUUCGCUCUCUCGCCAUUCUCAGCUUCUUCCGUUCCGUCGCCGCACUCUAUCCAAGGUGAAGAAGGGGAGGAGGGGGCAGUAAUUUAGAUUUAAGUUAAAAUAAUUGAUUGGGAAAUGGCCGGUACUAUAGUUGAGGACUAUGGGGCGGGUGGUGUGCCUUCAUCAACAGAGGGGAUGUCCAGUGAGCAGCACUGCCAGUCUGGGGAUUCUAUUGCAGAAUGGCGGUCUUGUGAGCAGGUCGAGAAUGGAACACCUUCAACUUCACCCCCAUACUGGGAUAUUGAUGACGAGGAUGACGGUGGACCGAAGCCUUCCGAGUUGUAUGGAAGAUAUACUUGGAAGAUAGAAAAUUUUUCAAAAAUCAACAAAAGAGAAUUGCGAAGUGAUGCAUUUGAAGUUGGUGGUUACAAAUGGUACAUUUUGAUCUAUCCACAGGGAUGUGAUGUCUGCAAUCAUCUAUCGCUUUUUCUUUGUGUUGCCAAUCAUGACAAACUUCUGCCAGGUAUUGCAGCGUGUUCAAUGCCAUUCUUAUUUGCCUUUGUGGCCUGUUUUCUGAAAUCCCCCUGCCUUAUAUUAAAAUGUUCUGCUUUUUGUUUAUUGACAGGAUGGAGUCAUUUUGCACAGUUUACAAUAGCUGUUGUGAAUAAGGAUCCCAAGAAAUCUAAAUACUCUGAUACAUUGCAUCGAUUCUGGAAGAAAGAGCAUGAUUGGGGAUGGAAAAAAUUUAUGGAGUUGUCAAAAGUGUUUGAUGGCUUUAUUGUCGCUGACACUCUUGUUAUCAAAGCUCAAGUUCAAGUUAUUAGAGAGAAAGCACACCGCCCGUUUCGCUGCCUAGAUUGCCAAUACCGGAGAGAACUGGUUCGGGUUUAUUUGUCAAAUGUAGAGCAAAUUUGCCGACGUUUUGUUGAAGAGAGGAGAGGCAAGCUUAGCAAGUUGAUUGAUGAUAAAGUGAGGUGGUCAAGUUUUCGUGCUUUUUGGUUAGGAAUUGACCCAAAUGCUAGGCGACACAUGUCAAGAGACAAAACAGAUGCCAUAUUGAAAGUAGUUGUUAAGCAUUUUUUCAUAGAGAAAGAAGUCACAUCUACCUUGGUUAUGGAUUCUCUCUACAGUGGGCUGAAGGCUCUCGAAUGCCCGAGCAAGAACAAGAAGAGGAGAGCACAACUGAUAGAUUUGGAGGAGUUACCAGCUCCAAUGGUCCGCAUCGAUAAAGACAUGUUUGUGCUGGCGGAUGAUGUGUUACUAUUGCUUGAAAGAGCAGUCUUAGAGCCCUUUCCUCAUCAGCCUUUGCCUCCUAAAGAUGACAAGAGUACACAGAACCGUACAAAGGAUGGAAGUUCUGGAGAAGAGUUUAACAAAGAUUCCAUUGAGCGUGACGAAUGGCGGCUUAGUGAGCUGGGGCGCAGGACAGUGGAAAUUUUUGUUCUAGCACAUAUCUUCAGCAGUGGAAUUGAAGUUGCCUACCAGGAGGCUGUUGCUUUGAAGAGACAGGAGGAGCUCAUUCGUGAGGAGGAAGCAGCUGGCCAAGCUGAAAAUGAGGUUAGGGCAAAGCGUGGUGCUGCUGAGAAGGAAAAGCGUGCAAAGAAAAAACAGGGUAAACAGAAACGGAAUAAUCGCAAAGGUAAAGAUAGAGGAAGGGAUGAGAAGUCUGAUGUAGUGAUGUGGGAAAAGGUCCAGCAGCAAAGCCCAUCUGAUGAAAGAGGCCUGGAUGACUUCCCUUCUAAACAGAUGGAUUCGUUGAUCGAAAAGAUUGACACACUGGAAGAUGCAUCUGAUGUCUCAGAGAAUGGAGAUUUUGUUGCUGACGUCCUUCAGCCUGAUUUAGAUGACAGAGAUAACAGCACUGUCAACUGGGAUACAGAUACCUCAGAGAUUCAACCUCCCAGAGGAACUAGUAGUGAGAUACAAAAUGGGCAAAUAGAAAAGAGAAACCCAUCUGUGAUGGAUGACAGCUCCUCAACGUGUUCAACUGACUCAGUCCCCUCAGUUGUCAUGAAUGGACCAUACAGGGGAAACACUUUACUGAACAAAAGCCAAACCUCACCAAGCAGAGUAAAAAAUCAGCGGAAUAAAGAAAUACAUGAGCGAACUGUUUUUUCUCAUGGUGGAAAUAAUCCCCCAUCUAAUACUGCUGUUGAUGCUGGUCGUUCCUAUGAUGUGUCUGGCAGUAGAUCUCCCCAACCAGACUCAGAGGCCGUAGAACGAACUCUCAAGGAUCAGAUAUAUUGGCUUGAACAAAAUUUGGUUGAGAAGGAGGAAGUUGUGACCCAACAAAAGAAAGUAAAUGUCAAAGAUCAAGUUGAUGUGGAGAGGCCUUCUAACACAAGGACAGCAGGAUCAUCCUCCUCUUCAUCCAGUCCUAGGAAAAAGCCACCUUACAUGCUACAGCAGCCAAAGCAGUCGUUUGAAACAACAGCCAUGGCAUCUGCCACCAUUGCUUCCACCAUGACCAUGGCUGAGCCAGUUUGUAGUAGAGAACCGCCAUCAAGUAGCACAACCCAGAUUGAUAAGCCAGUUCCUCCAGCAUCAAGAUCGCCAAAAGUUUCCUCCACCUCCAAAUCUGAAGCUUCAAGACACACUAUUCAAGCAAAGACCACCAAUAGCCAAGUAACUGCAAUGUCAAGGCCUUCCAGUGCCCCUCUUAUUCCAGCAGCAAGACCAACUGCCCCCAUCGUUUCUACAAUUCAAACAGUGCCUCUACUUUCACGCUCUGUAAGUGCAGCAGGUCGGUUGGGUGCUGAUCCAUCUCCAUCUGUCCCAAGUUACAUUCCACAAUCAUACCGAAAUGCCAUAAUGGGUAAAACCACCAUGGGUGCAAGCCUGGCUGGUUUUCCUCAUCACCCAACUUCCUCUGGCCAAGGUGUUGGGUAUUCUCAGGCUCCAACUUUGGUACCAUCUGCAUCUGUGCUUCCACAACAGAACUCUGCUAGGAAGGAUCAAAGUUCAGCCAGACCAGGAUUCAUUUUUGGGUCAGUUAAGCUGGAAGCACCCCAUGGCCAGCCCCCGUGGAAAGAUCACUGCUCACGUCCAGAACCUAGCAGGUGUGGUGGGCGGUCCAGCUCAAAUGUUGUAAGUGACAUUGAGAGGCUUGACAUUUAUGGGGAAAUGCAAGCAAAACAUUUUGCAUCUGAGAUUCCUUCUGGUGCUAAUUCAUAUCAGGUGCAAGGGGUGGUCGCAGAUGAAUUCCCCCAUCUUGAUAUCAUCAAUGACCUCCUUGAUGAGGAACAAAACAAUGGAAAGGCAGCAAAGGGUCUGCACCACCACUCUUUCAGCCAACAAUACUCCUUCCCUGGCAAUGCUUCUGCAGCUGAAUUUGGUUCGUUAAAUGGCUCUUGUCGGUUUGACCAAACUGAGCAGUACGGUGAUGAGAGUUUCCAGAGAGUCUAUGGCUCUUCUAAUAGCUCUGUUCAUGGGCUGAGGGAGGGGCAUUUUUCACAGGUUGAUCUAUUAGCCUAUGCGAAUGGCCAGAUUGAUGGAAUGAUGCAGAAUCAGUGGCUUUAUGGCUGCACCGAUCUAUCGAUGCUGAAUUUGGGUACUGGAGAUGCCAAUGGGUACUCAUACGAGCUUCCAGAAUGUUCUAAUUUGGCUGAUGGGGUAAAUGGGUACAUGUACCACCCUGCCAAUGGGCCUUGAGGGCACAUAUAAGGAUUCAUCAUUUUGAUCAUAAUAAUGUUUGUAAUCAAGGUAAUUUGCUAGUCUGAGCUUUGGAGUGAGGUGUAAUCCAUAAGAGAACAUUUUGUAGAGAAUGAUUCUGCAUUUCUCAUGCCUACUGCUGCCGGGCUAAGGCGCCUCUGAAGUUCUCUUUCUAGAAAGCAGAAGUAUUAAUAUUUUCUACUGCAGAGGUAGGAGCCGUAGGACAGCUGAUUGUACUUUGUUCACAGCCCUCCCCCCCUCUCCAAAAAAAACAGAAAGAAAAAGACGAAGGAAUUUAGGAAGCAUGGCAGUGCGCAAAGAAAUCCUCCACCAUACAAGAAGUUCAGUAUGGGGAGCAACGCUUUUCCGAUGUAGGACCAACGUUGAAGCACAUAAUUGGUCUUUCUUCCAAAACCAUGAAAUCUGUAUUGCACCCUAGACAAUCUGAAACUCAAGUGAACAUGGAAGCCUGGUGAAGGCUCAAACUGGGCUUACGAAUGCCAUCCGGAUGCAGAGAAAUAAGUUUUCUAAUAGCCGAGAAAUAUUGAUGUUCCAUUGUUAUCUUUAUAAGAAUUCUCGCGAUAUCUGUGCAUUAUGCAUUGAAUAUUGCUGAAAACAUCAAUGAAAGCAUUUUUUUUUU